AUGGACUCCAGAAGACCGUCGUCUUACGCUGCUCCUCCUCUUGCUGUCCACUCGUCGCACGCCCACGACCCGCGACAGACCGCGUCGCACCAGCACCCGCACCCGCGCCAGCACCAGCAGUCUCAUCCUCCCCCGCCGCCGCCACCGCCUUUUGCGCCGCCGCCGCCGCAGCAGCACCACGCGUAUCAGCAGCAUCAAUACGCGCCGCCUCCUACGCCCCAUAGCCAAGGGCCUCCUCCCGGCCAGCAUCAGACAGGACCGCCGCCUCCAUCUCCCCACUACUCACAGCACCACCAACCCCCGCCUCCGGCGCAUAACCAACAACAACAACCUCCCCAACAGCACGCCUACUCCAGUGGACCAAGUCUGCCUCCGCAGGCGUCAGGGCCCGCGCUGCCUUCUCUACAGUCCGCGGUGUACGCGCCGCCAGCAUCUGCGUCUGAGCAGCAAAGUCUACCACCAUUUCGCCAUCCCUCGUCUGGGCCGGUGCCGCACGAUUCGCGCGACCCCGGGGCCGAAUACCAUCACCAGCAGCAGCAGUACAACAACGUCCGGUCCGGUCAUGCCACUCCGGCGCCCAUAAACAGGGCAUAUUCCCACGACUCUGGGCAUCAACGAUCGCCUGUCACACCUGGUGGGCCACCAGCGCAUUUCGCACCUUCAUCCUCCGGACAGGACGGUUCACAACCUCCAGCGCAGCCACACAUGGAACACGGCGGUCAUCACGGCUAUCCCCAGAACGGUGGGCCUGUUCAUCAUGGCGUUCCACCACACCAUAGUGAACAUCCCCCACCACCUCACUAUAUGACGCCCACUAUGGAGGGGCACCAGGGAUAUGCGCCUCCCGGACAAUCGAUGUAUCCGCCAGGUAACUAUGGGCCUGCGACAAGCAAUAUGUAUGGGAUGAAGCGCAAACAAAUGCGCGCCACUCAAGCAUGCGAGCAAURUAGGCAACGGAAACAGAAGUGCGACGAAGGCACACCGUGCUCGUUCUGCAAGGAAAACCAUCUUUCCUGUCAAUAUCGCGACACGCCGCCUGCGAAAACCGACAAAAAUAUGGAAAAACUGUUGAGCUACAUGGAAGCACACACCGCUGGUCUGCACGAGUUGACGAACAAGAUUGAUAGCUUUGAAGCGCGGUUACGACGUGUGGAGCAAAAUGGGGAAGAGAAGCAUCCGCAACCUAUGCACCAAUCCCACGGCAAUCAUGUCAAUCACGCAAAUCACGCCAACCAUGCUAAUCAUGCCAACAACUCUCAUCGUCGGGACCACAUGGAUGCGACGUCCGCUGGAGCCGAGUCGGCUGAUACGAUGAGGCCUGAAGAGCUCGCAGGCUGGCCCAGAGCUGGAAGACAGGAACAUCGAACAGCGCCACACAAGUUGCUACUCCUAUGGCCUUCCAUCAAACCCCUUCUCACAGCAGCUGGCGUUCAAUACAACGACGGUUAUGUGAUGCAGGCCGAAGAUCGUGGAAUUCUACGACUUUGGACCAAAGGCGAAGGCAUAGACGAGAACGAUGGAACUCAGCCAGGUGGCCCUGCAAGCCCAGCGAGGAGCGAUGAGCAGAGCCCUGAUGCCAACCCAGGCCCCGCGCAGUAUGUCGAUGGUCGAUGGGGCAUCGGCUUUCCCUCGACGCCAAAUAGCGGGCGAUCCGACUACACUGGAGUUGGUGGGUUGAAAGCAAAUGGGGAACUCGAUCUGGACGCUGCGACCAUCAAUAAACUGUACGACAGCUACAUGCGUAACCUCCACAUCAUGCAUCCAUUCCUGGACAAGAGACGAGUACGCAGAAUGUUCGACAAUUUUAUCWAGAGGUACAGCAACGGACGCCCACGCGCAGCGUUCGCCGUCGGCACCAAUUACGAUUCGGAUCAAAGACCGCUCAAAAGGCAGCGCUCAAACGGCUCCACUGCGGAGGCGACGAACGGAUCUGAAUCAGAAUGGCGAAGAGAGCCCACAGAGCGAUCACCGACGAAUUGCAUUAUCUUCCUGGUCCUUGCGUUGGGCAAGAUAUGCCUCCACCGGGAUCCUUUGCCAGCCAUUGUCCACGACAGCAAAGCACAUGUCAAUAACAUGGUAGCACAUCAGCUCUCCGGCAAUCGUGCCGCUGGCUCUCCAGCAUCAAUGAAUAUCAAGCCUUCCCCUAUGUCACCAAACGCUACUCCAGUGACACAGCCAACGCCAAACUCCGACGCAGGCCAUCGCAGUAGACGCUCGUCCGUCGAGGGAUCGUCGCCCAACUCAUACGCCGGUCCACGAAACCUAGAUGUCAUCCCCGGUAUCGCGUACUUUGCCAAAGCGGCUGAAAUCCUCGGCGAGCAAGGCGAUGGGAAUGAUCUUGUCCAUGCGCAGAUGUUUCUCCUUGCUGGUUUGUAUAAAGGUCAGCUGGCCCGCGUAAAAGAGAGCAUGAGCUGGAUCACCAUGGCUGGGCGCGCCAUCAUCACUCUGCUCGACCGCUACAAGCUGUACAAUGCCGAUUAUUGGAACGGUUUCGGGGAUGUUCGAGCCCGACUGGAGACUGGCCAGAAGCGCAUUAAGGAUACGCGGCAGAGUCUGAUCGUUUUGGUGUCGUGGUGCUGCCUCCAGCUGGAGAGUGAUAUUCUUGCCGAGAUGAAGCUCCCUGACMGCGGCAUACAAGACAUCGAGGGUAGAUUGUGCCUGCCGAAUAACAUGCCCGAAGACGAAGUGGAGUCGUACAGRGCCCUGGAACCGGACGGUCGGCGAGAUGAUUAUGACAACAUUCUCAUGUUCUACACGGCUCAGUUGUGGCUGCGUCGAAAGCUCAACGAGGUCCAUAGACAGAUGUACGGAACUGACUGCAUCAACCAGUCGAUAUCACAAGUACAAGAAAUGCUGCAAGGGCAUGAGUCCAUAUUGACCGCUUGGAGGGACUGCCUUCCUCCGGAGCUUGCGUGGAAAGACGACGACCCAGCCCCUUCUGACAUUCUGGCUGCCAGGCUCCGUGCAAAGUAUUGGGGAGCGCGAUAUGUUAUUAAUCGGCCUUUCUUGGACUUUGGUCUCCACAUUCUCCCGGCGCUCAAAAACGGCGGGGGUGUGCCUCUCGAGGAGCUCGCUAGGGAUGGCUACGGCGACAAAAGAGACCAGGCCGAAGUUCAUCUCUUCAAGGCCAUCGAGCGAUUGGGUGAGAACGAGGUCUGGCGAGCCUCUCAGCGCUGCGUCAAUGCUGCUAUGAAGAGUACUGUCGCGUUUGACAAUGUACCCAGCCGAUUGAUCGUUACCAACAUUCACGGCACUGCACACGCUCAAUUUGGCAACAUGCUGGUCCUUACCGCCGUCGUCAAAUCUAACAUAUUCAAGUCUCUGGUUCCCGAAGAUGAAUAUCACCGACUACUCAAACGCACCAUUGACUUUUUGCGCCGACUUUCGCCGAUUUCGCCCACAUGCCAGGCUGAUUGCGGAAUUCUGGAGAAGUUCAGCAACACUUUGUUCGGGAUCGAAAGAAAUGAAGAUCUCAAGGAGAUAUACCGCAAUGAAGGCGUUGAAACGAUGAGUGCUGGUAACUCAUUCGGCAUGGCAUGA